GAUUUCGAGCCUGACGAACAAUGGAAGAGUCGCCUCAAAGUCGAUAUCGAGAACAACUUACGUUCCAUGGUCGACGAAGCUAAACAGAGUCUACACGACACUCUAAAGAGAGCCCCAGUCAGCGCUCUCGAACGCGAACGCUUGACCGACGAACACCUCGCUACCAUGAAGAACAUCCGUAAUCUUGCCGAGGAACAAUUUCGUAUCGCCCUCGAACGUGAACGCCAAGAACGCCGUUGGGCCGCUGGUCAAGUCUUAGAUCAAGGAUGGUCAGACACAAUGGCAAAGGAACAA